CUGUAUGUAGUUUUAUAUUCAUUGGUAGAGUGAAUAGCGUCUUUCGAAGUGAGUUUACAUAUUUUCAUUAAUUAGAAAUGGAAGCGAAUGUUACACGUGAUAGCGUCUUAGCACUGAUCCAUGAAAAGGAAAAAAUUGAAAAUGAAAUCAGUCAGUUCAAGUCUGUAUUAGAUCGUAACAGUGUUGGAAUGACAGAGGCACUUGUGGAUGACUGUGGAUACCCCAGGCAGGAUAUUGAUGUUUACCAAGUCCGAGAUGCCAGGCAUAAGAUUAUAUGUCUCAUGAAUGAUCUCAAGGGCGUAAUGUUGAAGAUAGAACAAAAUCUGCAUAUCCUACAUGGACAACAGAGGGAAGGAGUAGGUCUACCAGUUGAUCCAUCAACAUCUGCAGUUCAGCACACAGAACCUAUAGCAAGAGUUAACUUUGUCGCACCGCAUUCACCAGCUGAGGAAGCCGGCAUCUGUGUAGAGGAUCUGAUUGUGGAAUUUGGUUCAGUAAACGCAGGGAAUUUGAAAUCUCUGCAGGACAUCAGUACCGUGGUCCAGCAUACUCAGGGACGAUCUGUAAGCAUUCGAGUCAAGAGGCAUGACAAGAUGGUAAGGCUGAGUCUCACGCCUCAUGUGUGGUCGGGACGUGGACUCCUGGGGUGUAACAUAAUUCCUGUUGAAACUGUAGAAAGAUAGAAAAAUGUUAAAAUUACUGAUAAAAUGUUUAGCAUCAUGCAAGUUAAUAACAAAAAUAAAUGUAUAAUUGGAAAAUAUUUCCUUGACAUGCAUAUGUAUGUCCUGUGUUAAUAAAGAAAAAUGUUAAAUGUUGUUGUCAA